AUGGUAAAGAGACUUGAUGAGAUUAAUAGAACAGCCGUCUUUGCUUGGAGUCCAGGACAGCAAACCCCCAUCAUUGCCGCUGGUACUGCUGCUGGUGCUCUCGAUGAUUCCUUUUCCAACGCGUCAGAGCUUGAGCUGUUCAAACUCGAUCUUUCAUCGUCAUCUAAUUGUAUUGAAUCCGCUGGCAAAAUUGCAAGCCCCUCAAGAUUCAACAAGCUGGUGUGGGGAAAUGUAUCGCCCUCCAGUCCCUAUGGCAUCAUUGCUGGUGGUUUAGAAAAUGGUGAAUUAUCGCUUUGGGAUCCUAGCAAGAUCAUCGACGGGAAGAGUGAUGAAGAAGCUAAGAUUUUGUCCAAUCCUACUCACACAGGUCAGAUUCGUGGUCUCGAUUUCAAUAAGUUUCAGCAUAAUCUAUUGGCUUCAGCUGGCAGUAACAAUGAAGUCUACAUUUGGGAUCUCACCAAGCCUGAUACACCUUAUACACCUGGUCAGAAAUCUCAAAAAUUAGACGAUAUCACCAGCGUAGGAUGGAACGGUCAAGUGCAACACAUUUUAGCUACUUCAUCUUCAACUGGCCACACUGUUGUUUGGGAUCUGCGUAAUCGCAAGGAAGUCAUGACGCUUUCUGCUCCCAAUACGGGCGGUAUCAAUACUGGUCGCAGAAGCAUUUCCUCUGUUGUUUGGCAUCCUGAUGUGGCUACACAAUUAGUAACUGCGUCUGAAGAUGAUUCGAAUCCAGUGGUUACACUAUGGGAUCUUCGUCAUGCUCAUUCUCCUGAAAAGACCUUGGCUGGUCAUUCAAAGGGCGUCUUGGAUGUCUCCUGGUGUCGUCAAGACUCUGAUUUGCUCAUGUCCUGUGGUAAGGAUUGUAAGACGUUGAUUUGGAAUCCUAAUUCUGGCGAGUUGCUGGGCGAAUUGGCUCAAGAUACUAACUGGACGUUCCAAACUGAGUGGUGUCCUCGCAAUCCCGAUCUUUUGGCCUCUGCUUCCUUUGAUGGAAAGAUUGGCGUUUAUUCGCUUCAGAACUCUGCUGCCACCGAGUCUGAAGAGUCCUCAAAGAAUGCUGCUCAAACUAUCACUGAUGACGAUCCAUUCUCUGCUGCAUUGAAUGCUGCUUCUGCUAAUACAAACUCUGCCUCGUCUUCUGCAUUUGCUCUUAGACAUCCUCCUAAAUGGCUUCGUUGUCCUGUAGGCGCAACAUUUGGAUUUGGCGGUAAAUUGGUUUCCUUCAACAACAAGGCUGGACAAGCUGCUACUCAAGCUGCUGCUGCUUUGCCUCCUGGUCAAGCUCCUGCUCCCCAAUCUGUGCCUCGUACUGUUCAUAUCAAUGCCAUUGUCACCGAUAAGGACACUGUUCAGCGUGCUGCUGAACUGGAAACUGCCUUGGAGCAGCAGAGCGUGGAACAACUUGUAGAGGAUCGUGUUCAACAAGCUGUCGAGAAGGAUGAAAAGGAAAGCUGGGAGGUCAUUAAGACUCUUUUAGCUGUUGAUGCAAGAGAACAGUUGAUGAAUUACCUUGGAUUCCAAAAGUCAGAAGUGAUUGCUGCCGUUGCUAAAGCUACUGCUAGCAAAGCGGGAUUGAAUGAGGAAGAAAGAGAAGGCGAAGCUGGUGCUGCUGAGAACGCUGAAGAAAUGAACGCCACCGCUUCUACCCAAGAGACUGAACAAGAGCCCUCCUCAGAAGAGAUAACCAAAGAUGAGCCUGCUACUGCUACUACUACCACUACUACCACCACAGAAGAGAAUGAACCCAUUCCUGAACUCAAGGAAUCCAAGCCUGAUGAAGCUGAACACUCUGCCUCUGGUCUCUUUAGUGGCGAUGAUGCUGGUGACGAUUUCUUGAUCCAAACUGACAGCAAUGCCGUUGAACAGCCAGCAGAAACUGAACAAGAUGACGGAGGCAUCAGCGCUGCUGCCGCUGCUGCUAAUGCACUGAAAUCAGCCAUCGCUCAUGAGCCUCUUCAACUCUACGCUGAGGGCAGCUCAGAAACAGAUCGCCUCAUCACACGUGCUGUUGUUUUGGGCGAUUUCGAAUCAGCUGUCAAUGUGUGUCUUUCUACAGACAGACUUUCUGAUGCACUCUUGUUUGCCAUCUGUGGUGGAGGCGAUCUCCUCGCCCGCACUCAGCAAGCCUAUUUCAAACGUCAAUCCAAAUCCAACUCUUACUUGCGCUUAUUGGAAAGCAUCAUUGACGAGGACCUCAACUCUGUUGUCGCUAGCGUGUCAUUGGAGGAGUGGACAUCUGUCAUUGUUGUGCUGUGUACUUUUGCCAAGGCUGAAGACUUCAGACCUCUUUGCGAGGCUUUGGGUGCUCGCCUCGAAGAAGGCUGGAGCUCUAGCAGUGAGCCCGAACAAGCCAAGGAAUAUAGACGCCAUGCCACUCUCUGCUACCUUGCUGCUGGCAAUUUGGAAAAGGUGUCUCGUAUUUGGAUUGCAGAACAAGAGGAAGAAGUGCAACAAGAGAACGCUGCAGAGAAUGUCAAGGCUACCAGUCUUCAACAUUUGAUUGAAAAGGUUACUAUUUUCCGCAAGGUGAUUUCCUUUGAAGAUGCUGAUCUCUAUGAGACCUCCGAGACAAAGAUGUCUUAUGAGUAUCCCUUGUCUCCCUUGUAUGACAAGUACUGUGAAUAUGCUGAACUAUUGGCAGAUCAGGGCAAAUUGACCACUGCCUUGACCUACUUGAGUUUGACGCCUCUUGUCUACCGCAAGGCUACUUUUGACAAGCUCGCUGUUGUCCGCGACCGUGUAUACCAAGCUUGCCCUGUCAGUGUUGCUAGUCAAUUCACGCAACCUGCUACACCAUUUGAGAGCAAGGGAAUCACCACCAAGGCUGCUGCUUUCGCUGCUGAGAAUCAAGCCCAACAGGCACACACCCAACAUGCUUACAAUCAACCUUCUCAAUACCAACAACAACAGCAGCAAUCAGGUUACCAAUCCUAUCAACCUUCAACUAAUCAUCAACAGCAGACAUCCUAUGCACCCGUUCGCUCACCAUUGGCUGCUCAAAGUUACGCUCCUACCAGCAAUGCCUAUGCUUCCACUGCAACCAGUGCCACCAACUACGCCCCUACCACUGCUUACACUCCCACAGCUGCUCCUCACGCCCAUUCAUACGCCCCUACUACUGCAACUGGAGCUCCUACUAACGCCUACGCUCCUCAAGCUACCUCAGCUACAGCCAGCGCAGCCUCUCCAUCCUAUGGAUACAAUCAACCCAAUUACGGUGGAUACAAUAACAACGAUGCUUACGGCAGUAAUGGUCAAUACAAUAACAACUACGGUGCUACCGCUGCUGCUGCUCGCCCUACCAUCCCUGCUCCUCCACCUAUUGGAGGUAUUGCACCUGUUGCUCGAUCUCAAUCUCAAGAAGCAUCCACACCACCCAAGAAGGCUGAAGGUGCUUGGAACGACCCUCCCAUGUCGAUUGCCGCUGCUGCCGCUGCCAAGAAGAUGAAGAGCCCUAAGAUGGCUUCCACGCCCACAAAACGUGUUACUUCACCUUUCCCCAAUCAACCCUCUUCUACUGCUUUUGUUGGAUCGCCUCGCAAUCAGCAUCAACCGCUUCAUCAUCAGCAACAAUCUGCCUUGCCUCCCCCGCCUCAAGGCGCAUUUGCCCCACCUCCCAUGAGCCGUGGACAUAUGUCGCAGCAAGGUAGCCAUCUUCCUCCUCCACCACAAGGCCCUCCUCGUGCUGGUAUGAUGCAUCCUCCUUCUCAGCAGCAGCAAGCGCCUCCACCACAACAGUUCCAACAGCAACACCAACAACGUCCUAUGGCUCCUCCUCAAGGUAUGAUGGGCGGACCACCUCAGCAACAACCUAUGGGCAUGAACCCUCCUCCUCGUAACAAUCCUCUUCCUCCACCACCCAUGAACGCUGCUGCCCCAUCUCCAUUAGCUAAAAGAGUGCCUCCUCCACCUCAACAAGGUGGCUUUUAUCAGCCUCAGCGCAUGAGCUAA